UGGACUUGGCCUCUUGGAAAAGGUCGCCUCUCGGCGGCUGGGCUCCGCGGGCGCAUCGCGGGGGAGCGGGAGCCCGAGCGGAGGCGGAGCGGGCGCGGCGCCAUGGCCGAGAGGCAGGACAUGUUCGACGCCAUCGUGAUGGCGGACGAGCGAUUCCAUGGCAAAGGCUAUCGGGAAGGCUAUGAGGAAGGCAGCACUUUGGGCAGAAUUGAAGGAAGGCAGUAUGGCACCGUCCAUGGGGCCAGAGUGGGAUCGGAGAUUGGUUGCUACCAAGGCUUUGCUCUGGCGUGGAAGUGUCUCUUACACAGUGGCAGUGCCGGGAGAGACAGCAGGAAGGUAAAGGUGGCGGAGGCCUUGAUUGGAAUGAUAGAGAAUUUUCCCUAUGAGGAUGCCACGUACGAUAAACUGCACGAGGACUUGGACAGCAUCCGGGGGAAAUUUAAACAGCUUUGUUCCUUGCUCAACGUUCAGCCUGACUUUAAAAUCACCACGGAAGGUUCUGGACUUUCAUUUUGAGAAUGACAGAUGAGCAGAAAAGAAAUCUCAAGGGACAGAUGUCUGUGUGUUCUGCGUUCGCAGACGUGAUUAAAGGCAAACAAAGCGGCCAGGGUCCCCGCCCGGCCUCCUUCCCUGAGCUUUUGCCUGGGUCACCGAGAUGGCCACGCCCCCUCCCUGCCCUCUGUGGGCUGCUGGGGUCUGUCUAGAGCUGGAGCUUCAGCUGGCCCCUAGCUGAGACCAGGCCUUACUCAGGGAAGCACUGUUGGGGGGAAAGGGCGAGGUCAGUGCAUGGCCACUGGCACAGCAGUGAG